UAUUACGCAUUAACUUUCUUAAGUGUCGUCAAAUGGAGUUGUGUGACUCGCUGACGGGGGACACAUUUUCCACAUCUAAUAUGGCGGAUGGCAACGUAAUGGAGCACCAAACACGCUCCAGGCUGGAUCUGCAGCCUCUCCAGUGAAACGCGGUGGUGAGAGACGGUGGGCGCACAACAUCAUGUUGGCUGCCCUGGCGAGCGGCGCCGUGGUGUUUCCUGGCCUCUUCUACGGCCUCGGCAAUCUUCUCAAGUUGACGUUCCCGCACUGGGACGCUGCAGACGUAGUGACCGUCAGUGAAAGGAUUGUUUCUGCCAUACACGGCAUCAUUUCUACUGUAACCGGAGUAAUAGUGGUUUCAUCUUGCAAGAAUGUCAUGACUGACAGUCACUGGCUGGUCAAUGAGUUUAUAUUAUUUGGCUCUUCCUACAUGACCACCGACCUGUUGGCCAUGUACCUGAGCCAUUACCACAUCCAGAGGCUCCGAAGUCCGAGCAGCCUGUACAACAGCCACUCUCGGCAAACAAUGAAGGCUUUCCUCUCCAAGGACUGGUUGCUUGUUGUUCAUCACUUGGUACUGGUUCUGAUCUUCUUGCCCAUCGCUUUGUUUUUCAGAAGAGGACUAGGCGAUUUCUUCUUUGGGUGCUUUUUCAUCACAGAACUCAGCACACCUUUUCUCUCUUUUGGAAAGAUCCUCAUCCAGCUGGGUCUUAACAACACCAGGCUGCACAGCAUCAAUGGCAUAUUGGUCCUCUUGACGUUCUUCACAUGUCGGAUCUUGAUUUUUCCCUUCAUGUACUGGAUGUACGGGCAGCAAGUCGGCAUUCCGCUGCACGACGUACCUUUCCGACUGCCUUGGCACUGCAACGCGGGCAACUUGACUAUCUUUGCGCCCCAGGUCUACUGGUUUUACCUCCUGCUGAAGAAAGCCAAGAGACUGUACAAUAGACAUAGGAAAGAAAAUUAACUUAAAACA